CUUAGGUGUGAAGGGAACAAAAAUGCACUGUUACCCCACAUUUUAAUGGCCAAGAACUGAAGUGGGAAUGGUUGGAAAUCAUUUAUUUUGUGCUCUAUAAAUUGCUCUUUCACUCCAUAACACAACCACCAACAAGGCCUCUAGAAAACUCUACAGUUGACAGUUGACAUUUCGAUGGCAGAUUUUCGACAGGAUAUGCAGAGUUUCAGGCCUUGUCAACCUUUCUCAGAGAUGGAUAUGAACAUGGAAAUGUUGAAGCAGUUUGCAGAGCUAAAGCCAAGCAUGUUGGAGAAUUUCAACAUUCCAAACUUCUCAUCAGAAACUCCUUUGGCCAACCAACAACUCCAGUUUCUGGAAAAUUGUAAUCAUAGCAAUCUUUUUAGUAAUUUUCACACUGCAACAAGCCUCAUAACACAACCAAUUGUUCAAAACAUAACAGCAAAUGAAGAUGUCUUCCAUGAAAACAAGCUAACAGAAGAACCAGAACAAUCAAAUACUAUCUCCAAGAACAUUUCUACUUCAGCUUCAACAGCUGGCUUUGAAGGAGACACCGAUAGAAAAAGAAAAAAUAGAUCAACAAAAGGGAAGAAAGUCAGGAGAAAUGAACAAGAGGAUCAGAAAGCAGAGGAAGUUAUUCAUGUUAGAGCAAAAAGAGGUCAAGCUACUGAUAGUCACAGCAUAGCAGAAAGGGUGAGAAGAGAGAAGAUCAACAAGAAAAUGAGGUGCUUGCAAGACCUUGUUCCUGGCUGUCACAAGACCAUGGGAAUGGCAGGGAUGUUAGAAGAAAUAAUCAAUUAUGUCCAUUCAUUGCAGAAUCAAGUUGAGUUUCUCUCCAUGGAGCUUGCUGCUGCUUGUUCUUCUUAUGACUUCGGCUUUGAAGCCGAAUCUAGCAAAAAGGCUCAGGGAACCAGUUCACAUGAGUCACUGGAGAUGGAGAAAUGGGCAAGAGAAGCAUAUGGAGAGUACACUUGCUUCCACUCAACAUGGUCCCUUUGACUCUACUUUUGGUCCAUAUUCCCCCAUUGCUAUUCAGAGCACAUGUAUAUGCUUCAAAUGCCUCUUUGGGGCAAAUCAAAUCUGUUUCCAAUUUCGUCACAAAUGCUCCAAAGACAUUUGCACUAAAUCACAAAGGGUUGAGAACUAAAGUACAAAAGCUUUUUAUUCCUAUUUUUUGGUCUAAUUUUCACCUCUUUGAUUUGUAGCAUCCUAUGUAUUUGAUUCUGGCAUGUCAGCCAGAGCAGUUAAGCAGAAAAUGGCUUUGAUUGAACUUGGCUUCAAUGUAUUGCUUGUGUUCUCAAAUUUAAUGAUUUGGAAUUUUGCAUAUGGACCACUUGUUCAUACUGUUAUGCCCAUUUCAUCAAACACUAGCAUGUGCUUCAUGGU